AUGGCAGUCCUGCAAUCAGUGACACAGCUGUCCGACUCAGAGCCGGAGUUGGGGGGCUUCAAGAAGGGCGAGGACUCACAGCCGAAACCAGAGCCGGAGGACGCCAAGCCGAAAGCUGAGCCCAAGAAGGAACAGCCAAAGAGCAAGCCAAAGCCCCCGAAGGACGCCAAGCCGAAAGCUGAGCCCAAGAAGGAACAGCCAAAGAGGAAAGUUUGCAAGAGACCGGCCGCAGCGAAUCCCGACGACAAAAGCUUGCCCGAGAAUGAGAAGCCCCAGGUCCCGGAGGUGGAGAUAGUGGAGAAGAAGCCACGCAAGGAUGACGAUCAGGGGGGCUACAGACUCAGGCCAUACAGGGCCACGAACGCGAUGGCCAUCCAGGCCACAGAGGGCGACAAGAAGCAGGUGCUGCAGGUGAAGAUCAAAGGGGCCACCUUCGAGCAGAACACAGAGAUUGCUGAGGUACUCCUGAAGUUUCUUCGCAGUGGCACGCCGUUAGAGGAAGUCCUUUCGAUGAAGUCCCAAAUGGGAAGUGAACUCGAGAGCAAGAUCGCCGGCAAGUGA